AUGUAUGGAUUCGUUGGUUUGCAACGAACACAGGAAUUGUUCGCUGAGAUCGACCGCAAUAAUGACCACAACUCCGGAAUCGCGAAGAUAUACGUCCCUCGAGCCGACGUGGUUGGAGACCUGUAACUGUGACCAACACUGCUAUUCCUUUGGCGACUGUUGUCUGGACGCGCCCACCGUUGCAGACAAUCCGCUCAACAAUUGGUCGAUAAUGAAUGUGAAAGUGAGCCCUAAAUUCUCCUAUACUGUACUUAUGAAGACUAAAUGCCCGCCUGAUUGGCCCAAUCAAGGCAUCCGAAAGAUGUGCGAAAAUAUUGGUUUCGACGAAAUGGAAGAGACAAUACCGGGCAGUGGCCGUCUUGAUAGCGCCGAGAAGUGCUCUCCCGUCUCAUAUCCCUCUCCACCGGAUUUUCUGGUUCAGGAAAAGAUCAAACGAAAACCAAUUCAUUAUCUACAGCACUUUUUAACGCGGGCUAAAAUGCGUGGGCAUCAGUAUCUCCUGUGGAGCGCUCAACGUUUGACUGCAUUCAAGAAUCAAUUCUGUGCCAAAUGUAGCGGUUAUGAAGAGAACCAAUGGAUAUGUCCCGUAGAAUCCAAGAAUCAUUAUCAGCACCAAUUGGCCAAACACUUUGACAGUUAUGUUACGUUUGAUACGGAUUUUAUUACCGGUGGUCUCAAUGCACAGCUCAACGAUUCGUGUGCUCCCGGCUAUGUCUACAAUCCACUCGACAUGAAGUGCAGACUUAUUGUGAUCUCAGACAACAUCAGACUCUCAAACAAUGAAAGAGUAAGCGAUGAAAGAGAGGAGAGUAAGGAAAAUGCAAAUAACGGAUCGCAAGUGUAUUACAGGAAUACAGUGCCUGAAGUGGACAGUCGUCCGGAGACACUAAUACAGAUCUCUUCGUCGUGUAAUAUCGGUUGGUAUAAGACAAACGUUGUGAUCGACCCGAAAGCCACUAUCGAUGUCGUGAAAAAUUGCGCCCGAUUUUACGCACCCGUAGUCAUAGAGGACACCGGCGCUCAACGUUUGACUGCAUUCAAGAAUCAAUUCUGUGCCAAAUGUAGCGGUUAUGAAGAGAACCAAUGGAUAUGUCCCGUGGAAUCCAAGAAUCAUUAUCAGCACCAAUUGGCCAAACACUUUGACAGUUAUGUUACGUUUGAUACGGAUUUUAUUACCGGUGGUCUCAAUGCACAGCUCAACGAUUCGUGUCCUCCCGGCUAUGUCUACAAUCCACUCGACAUGAAGUGCAGACUUAUUGUGAUCUCAGAUAACAUCAGACUCUCAAACAAUGAAAGAGUAAGCGAUGAAAGAGAGGAGAGUAAGGAAAAUGCAAAUAACGGAUCGCAAGUGUAUUACAGGAAUACAGUGCCUGAAGUGGACAGUCGUCCGGAGACACAACAUUCCCAGCGAUUAAAUAAAUCAUUUGCUUAUUUGCUAAACAGUUCAAAGUUUACGAUAAUAAUGAGUUCAUUAUUUCUCAUUUUGACGCCAAAUAGUAAAGACAACUCGGAAGGCGUCAAAUUCAAAGAGUUAGCGGCGACCACACCGUUUUCAGCGAAACAGCUAAAGGAAUGGUACACCGAAUUUAUACAGGAGUGUCCCAACGGACAGAUGGAUAAACAGACAUUUAUGCAAAACUUUGGCGAACACUUCUUCCCCGCCGACGGCAAUACCGUAAAACUCGCAGAAUAUGUGUUCAAACGGUUUGACGCAAACCAAGACGGAGCGAUCAGUUUUACGGAAUUCAUUAAUGCUGUCUCUAUACCAUCCAAAGGCAAUAUUGAUGAGAAACUUGAUUGUAAG